UGACUGUUGGAUAUGGACUGUCGUGUGUUCGUCUGAACAGUACAUAAAUGUGAUCCAGUAUAAUGCAAGCGAUAAACGGAAAAGUGAACUGAAUAGCAUCAGUUUAUCAAAAUACCUUAAGUUAUCUUCUUGAGGAAAUGAUAAUUCCACUUUAAGCCUUAAAAGAACUAGCCUGUGAAGUAUACAAUUAAGUUACCUGUAUUUGCAUCAAUUACAACUAUAUAUAUAUGAACUAACUGUGGAGUAUAAGAUGCAUUGUAACUGGAGAGAUUGUCAGCAAUGGAGAGAUGAGAAGUUGCCAUUGACAACAACAAGUGAUGAAGCAGCUAAAAUGUUUGAUGCUGUUGUUACACAGUACGUAGGUUGGUACGACGAUGUCAGUGUUGGUGGAAUAGAUGAAGCCGUCAAUAAAAUGAUUACAGCUGAUCCACAAUUUGUAAUGGGCAAUGUAGUGAAGAAUGGGCUUGACCUGCUUGGUACUGGUAAGACCGUGAACCUUGACCCUGAGUUCAAAUUAGAUAUAGAGAAAUUGAACAAAUUGUGUGAAGCUAGAAACAUUACUAACAGAGAAAAGCAACAUGUGGAAGCUAUCAAGCAAUUUGCUAAUGGCCGUACAGAUAACGCCUAUAAUGCGUGGGAAAGUAUAAUCAGUGAACAUCCCCACGAUAUGUUGGCGUUAAAGUUUGCCCAUGAUACAUAUUUUUACCUGGGUUUAAAGACUGAUAUGAGAGACAGUACAGGGAGGGUGAUCAAAAAAUGGAACGACAAUAUACCACUAUAUGGAUAUUUGCUUGGAAUGCAUUCGUUUGGUUUGGAAGAAACAGAUUUAUUUGAUGAGGCUGAAAAGACAGCAAAAAAGAGUUUAUUUAUGAACAAGCAUGACGCAUGGGCAACUCACACGAUGUGUCACGUGAUGGAGAUGACAGGAAGACAGGAUGAUGGGAUACAAUUUCUAGACAAAACAGUUAAUGAUUGGACGAUAUGUAACAUGUUGGCCUGUCAUAAUUUCUGGCACUGGUGUCUCUACUACAUAGAAAAGGGAGAUUAUGAAGAGGCGUUGACCAUAUUUGAUAACGAGAUCAAUCGUCGAGCUCAAAAAUCUGGUGCCAUGUUGGAUAUUGUUGACGCAGCUUCGCUGCUGUACAGAUUAAAACUAGAAGGUGUAGAUAUCGGAGAUAGGUGGAAUGACGUAUAUGAAUUAUGUCGACCUCACUGUGAAGAUCACAUUCUGGCAUUUAAUGAUAUACAUAUUUUAAUGGCAUGUCUGGGGGCCAACCAAAAACAAGCCACGGAUCAGCUGAUGUCAUCAUUACGCGACUAUUGCAAGGGUGAGAGUAGUAAGAACCAGACCAUCAGUAAAUUGUAUGGGGAACCUAUCUGUCAAGCUAUGAUAUUGUAUGAUGAAGGCAGGGUUGAGGAAGCUGUGGAUAUAUUACAACCAUUACGUCAUCAAAUACAAUACAUAGGUGGCAGUAACGCACAGAGAGAUGUAUUUAAUUUGUUUCUCAUACAAGCAGCUCUGAAAUCAUCCAAGAAAGAACAUCAUGCUCUGGCUAAGAUAAUGUUACAAGAGAAACAGAAAGUAAAACAAACAGCACCAAUGGCUGAUCGACUCAUGGCUAGGUUGUUAGCUCUUCAUACUGACUAGUUCAAUAUAAACAAUAUAAUAAUGUAUUAUUAGUUGGAUUCAGACUAGUAAUUCUCUACACAUUGACUUUAAUGUUAAACCAUGUCACCUCUCACCCAAUAACAGUUUUAUUAACAUUCCAUUUCAAUGGUCUAAAUGUUUAUUAUCUCAAGAUUUCACUAAUCAUAUGAAAUAAAAUGUUAAAAGGAA